CUCUCGUGAGUUAAAGCGGAACUGACAAGAGCCAGUCUAAAGUCUUCUUCCGGCCACCGUAUAUAUGACAAAAUUAAGAUUGUGGUUGUGAAUAAUAAUGAAGGAAUUUGAACUGUAAUCUGUGGCUCUAUUGUUCACUUUUAGGUGUUUGGAGAUGGAAGAUGAAUGGGAAGAAGAGGAGCAGCUUGUUGUGGUGGAGCUCUCUGGAAUAAUCAACAAUGACUUUCUGUCCAAGUGUCGGAUGACAUGUAAGAUACUGGAUAUAGAUACUGAAAGACCCAUGAUGCAAGUUGGACAAUAUGUGUUUGCAGGCGAAUAUGAAGAUGCAUUGGGAACUUGCGUACUUUUUGAAGAGGCACCAGGAAAAGGACAAGCACACAGCGGCCCUGGCCUCAAAUACAUGUGCCACACUGUUAAGAAGUUGACGAUGCAACGAAUCUUUCUCACUGAAAAGAUGGAGGAUGAAACAAUUGCGGCCGGGGCACAUGAUGACAAACAACAGGACACAACCUGCAUGUCUGAUGAAAGUGAAACUGACAAGACUGAUGGCAUGGUAGAAGAAAUUCUGAACAACACAGAUUUGGAGGAUUCUAACAACAGCUAAUACAGUCAUAACAUUUCAUAUUAUGACUUCCCUGUGUGAGGAUAAGAAAUUUGUCUUUGAUUUAUUGGUUUUUGCACAUCUACAGCAAAACAAGGAAGGAUUUUUGUUCUGUAUAAUAAAAUCAAUUACUUAAUUUUGGAAGACACAGUUAUGCCUCCUCCUCACUGAGGUUCAAAAAUGUCCCCAAACUAAUAGUUGUUACGUAGUGUAAAUGGUUGAAUACUUUUUGGUUGAUAUCAGAUGUUUUUUAUUUCCUUUCAUGAUUUUUCUUUUCUGGUGUCAGGAUUUGGUGUAAGAGGCCCCACAUUGGGAUUCACAUGUUAUCCUUGCACACUUGUAAAGAAAGGUCAUUACUUGAUGCUGAUAUCUCUAUUUUCUACUAUUAAUGUCUCUGGAAGAACAGUAACAAAUAUGGUAGUGGAUGGAGGUCCCUCUAUAACUUUUUAGUCCCAAUUGUGAUAAUUAAAAUUCACUAGACUGAAAUAGUUUUGUUCUUUGUGUUUAAAUUGUCCCAACUCGGUAAAAAAAUUAAAAAAUACAAAUAUACAUUUAAAAACAAUGCUACCUUACUUUAUUUAAGCAAGACAAAUUUCCAUUGUUCAUUUUAACUAUUACAUUUUUUGAAUGUGAAUAUCUUUGGUGAAUUGAUGUUUUUGUUUUUAUAAGGGUUUUGUACUUAUUUGUAAAGUUUACAAAUGGAAUUGAUUAAAUAAAUUUGUAUGCAAACUUGGGAACUAUUAAAAAUUUAUUUUAAUUUU